AUGAAGAGAAGAUACGUGAGCGACGAUGAACUUGACCCAUUCAGUGAAGGGAGAAAAGCAGGGAAACCUGGCAGACCAUCACGAGAACCACCAAAGAUACCAGAAGGAGCAAAACAGUGGAGACCAACACCCAAACCAAGAACAAGACCAACACCGAGACCAAGAACAAGACCACUAAUGACCAAACCAACAACAGCGCUCCCAAGAACAAGACCAACACCGAGACCAAGAACAAGACCACUAAUGCCCAAAGCUGGACCGAAAACAUAUACUUCAAGCGUGCAUAUAAAUCUAGUGAAACCGAAAACGCUAUCAGUGGCAAGCAUAACACCAAUACAAACGCAAACACCUCCAACCAAGCAGGUAAAGCCAACGGUAAAAUCAUCAAUCAAAAUAAACCUUAAAAAACCAGCAGUGACACAACCGAAACCUAAAAUCAGGAAACCCGAAUGGAAAAUGAGGGAAGUUGAACCGCAAGCCCAUGUGCUACAACACACGGUACCGGAGAUAGACCCAUUCGGUACAGAUCUACAGAAGCCCAAUCACAGGAAGAUAGAGACUGCAGCCAAUGGAGCGGCUGUCACGUACUCCAUAUCACCGGCACACAUAGACCCACUGGAACAGCUAACCUCCAGCAGACAGGUUGUGAGGGACAUUCUGGUAAAGGAGCUGAGGAAAAUGGGUGGUCUAAAAUACACGGAAACAAUGAAGGUCAGAAUGUCGAAGGAAGUUGGUGAGGGAAAAACAAAGAAAGACUCAGUGUACUUCAAGUCGAAAACAGGAACCGUUACGAACUUCGAGGAUGUCGAAAGCACAGCUGCAGGGAACGAACAGCUAAGAAUCGAAGCAUUUCAGAACUUAGGCAGUAAUUGGAAGAUAAUGAACAUCGAGAGCCACUACCUGAACAUUGCAAUGUACAAAUCACUGAAAGGUAGUUCCUACAUAAGGCUGCCCGAGGACAUAAACAACCCAAUGUCAGGCCUAAUUAACCUUAGGAACGACGACGAAAUGUGCUUCCUAUGGUGCCACGUGAGACACCACAGACCGACGAAAAACAAUCCCACCUACAUAACGAAAAAUGAUAGGAACUAUGGGGACACCCUGGACUACGAGGGAAUAGAGAUUCAGGUUAAGGUAGGCGACAUAGGAAAGAUUGAGAAAAAGAAUAAGAUCAACAUAACAGUGUUCGGCUAUAAGGGUAAAAAGCAGUUCUACCCAAUCAGGGUCUCCAAGGAGGAAUACGGGGAUCACAUGGAACUGUUACUACUGGGCGACGGUGAAGGAGGUCUUCACUAUGUACUGAUAAAGGACGUUAACAGGUUACUGUGUGGUGUCACAAAGAACAAAAUCAAGAAGCACUUCUGCCUGUACUGCUUCCACAACUGUGAUAGUGAAGAAUCACUAGCCAAACACAAGGAGACCUGUAUACUAGUGAACAGAAUGCAGGCUGUGAAAUUACCGAAGGAGGGCACAAAAAUCAGCUUCCAAAACGACAAGAACCAGCUGCCAGCCCCAUUCGUUAUAUAUGCGGAUUUCGAGUCACUACUGGUUUCAGACAGAGACAGAAAAAUGGAUAACACUGUGGACGAAAGUUACACGAACAGGUACCAGACACAUCAUGCAUGCAGCUUUGGGUUCAAACGCGUGUGUCACUACGACGACAAAUACUAA